CGACGAACCGCUCUUUGUAUGCUCCCACUGUGGGUAAGACUCCGAGAGUCUAGACAGGCUCGGAGCAGGCAUGGCAGCGACGUCAGCCGGUGCACCUACGCCUUCGCCAAAUGCUCCUGGCCCUACAAGGCCAAGCUCCGAGGCAUUGAACUCUGCUACUUCUGGACCUCGUCCUGGUGCAGGGAAGAAAUGGAGUGAGGUGUGCGAGCAAGUGCAGAAGCCAGAUGGAUCUGUGAGGACGUCACCACCCUUCAAGAGUGCGGCCACGUCCACGGGCGUGUCCCCACCGCGGCUGAGACAUCCCACAGGUUGGUGCCGCCGCCCAAGCCGGGGGCGGACCAGUCUAUGCAGUGGCAUCCCUCCGAAGGAUCCAUCGCGAGCGGGCUCCUCUCGUGGUGCAUCCUCAGGAAAAUCCUCUCGGUCAUCCUCUCGAGACAUUGCGCGGGAUGGUGAUAUCUCUUCCCGGUGUUCAUCAGGUUGUUGGGAAACAUCAACCAACUCUUCAGAGCCUGUCACCGACAUCAUUCCGUCUCCAAUGGAAUCGAAGGGCCUUUUGAUGCCAGACCCGAUCAGGACGGGUAUCAUCCCACCAGCAUUGCUGGCAGAUGAGCCCGGUCCUGAUGCCAAAGUUGAACAUGCUGAGCAGUCGUGCGGCUACAAGGCAGCCGAUUGUGAGACAACAGCGGAAUCGAUGCCUGAUACCAGAGGCGUUGAUGUGUCUGUGGGCAUGCCACUGAGAUGGGAUCCCUUUGGACGAGAUGGUGUUCGUCGCCAAGAAGUCAAGGGCGACUGGACCCCAGAUUCGCUGGCCAAGUAUCUGAAGGGAGUUGCAGUACAAAUUGACAACAACCUCAAUCACGGCCGCUUGCCUACUGCUGAGCGGCUAGAUGCCUUCGUCUCGCGAUUAGUGCUGAAUUCACAGCGGCAGCUGAAACAUGCACCCAAAAAGGUCCGGCACAGGCUACAAGCAACGUUUGCAUUACGCUUCCAGACGUUCUGGAACUUCUCCCGGAAUGAGAAGGUCCGGAACAUCUCUCCAGAAGAGCUGAAGGGGAUCUUGACGGCCCUGGUGGAGAAUCUUUCCAGCCAUCACGACACCCCUGCAGAGCCUCAUACUUUGGCACAGCCAAAACCUUUGCGAUACUACUCCUAUGGCCAGUUGCGACCAGCUGUAGAUGCUACUGCAUAGUGGAGCCUUGCGUUCUCAGCAGAUCGCAUCAGUGCAAGUGUGACUCGACCGCAAAAGGCUGCAACUGGCGCUUUGGAGAGUCAGAUCAAACUCAUUUGGUGGCUGCAGCAAAAAAGUAGGUUGGA